CAUGGUUUACUCCUGAGCUGCUGUUAGUCAUACAUGAUAACAACAUCACUACAUGCACUCUCUCUUCAUAAUCCAGCCGAGGGUUUGCACUUUAGUGCUCUAGUUUAUACCUCUUGUCAAGUGUAGGAAUAGCUUCUACCCACUUGGUAAAGUAAGGAACCAUCGUUAGCAGUUGGAGAGAGAAUACCAACAAAAUCAAUUCCUAGCAAACUGCACACGGAUGGGGUGAAGUUCGGGCCUGCCGCUUUCGAUUAACUUGCUGGCAAAUAUCACAAGUAGACACCUAUAAAAUAAACACAUAAAUAUUGAGGGAAGGUGUUCCUGCUGUAUACAUGUAGGUGUAACAAUAAUACAGAACCAAGUUGACAUCCCGAUUAACAUAAUAAUCGCAUGUUGUCCUAUUAUUCACUGGGAUUCGUACACACACGUCGUCAAUAACGACGUGAAAUUAUUGCCUUGACGACCGCACGUUCGAAUAACGGCCGCGGCUAAUUUUUUCACUGAAACUGCAGGCCUUAAUAACAAUCAAUAGUAUGCACUCAUAACAAGCACUGGCAAGGUUAACCCUUUAACCGUCGGAUUCUUAAUUAACAGUGAAGUGAAAUGUCUGUAAAUUCUCUAUCGGGCAAUAAAAUUCCUAGCAACCAUAUACCAAUAGAAUGCCCAUAGAAUGCCCAUACAACAAGGAAUAAAAUGGUGCAACAUGUGUUGCCAUAACAACCACGGUUAUUAUACGCUCACCCGUUUUUAUCAUUUUAAAUGCUCGGCGAGCGGUGAGAUAAAAUCCAAAAAAAUUUUUUUAUGGAUCAGCCUAUCAUAUGGGAUGAAUGUAACAGUGCUAAGAUAUAUCGUACAAUACGUACACUGUUCAUUACUAUUUUAGCUAUACUAUACUUACACUACUGACACUACUGAUAUUCUAGCUAUACUAUACUACUUGCCAGAGUCACACAGUGAGCCCACAGUGAGCCCUCUCCUGAUCUUUCACCGUCCUGGUCCAUAGCGCUAGCGUCUAGGUGCAUGACGUCCUCAGUCCCAGACAGUUCAAGCUGGUAGCCUUUGGGAGGUAUCCUACUAUCCCCUCUCCUUCAUAGGCACUGUCAUCACCAGAGGAGACAUCGCCAUUGCUGUCCUCAAGCUCAUCGGCACAAGUAAACAACCUAGCCAUAGCUUCGUGCGGUAAGAUGCUAAUGGCCCGUGACGGUUAAAGCACUCAGCUACGCCUCGUGCAAUUAGUAUCCUUGCCAUUGCUUGUUACUCGUGCACAUAAUUAUAGAGAUUGAUAUUUUGAUUAUUAUGUGCACUAAAAUACAAGGACAGAUGAGCAAAUCUACUAACCAUUUCCUUCUUAAUUCAGGCAAGUUCACCCCAGAUAUCAUCAACAUGGCAAGCGAACAGCGUUUUCUUUCUCUCUCUUCGUAUCGGAUCAACAGAGCGUAGCCAGGAUUUUUUGGAAGAGGGGGCAAAAUACAUCAGCUGCGCAGCGCCGGAAUUUUGACCGGAAGCCACGCCUCUUAAUUAUGACAUCAUAAUUGACUUUUCGGCCUGAUGCUUUAUUUGCAGCUUUAUUUGCAAGAUAACUGUCUAUAGAUUUAGACCAGAAUAGCUUAACUGCAGCAAGAUUCCGAAGUGCUCAGCAAGAUAAUCAGUAGUCGAGAUCCAGAAAAAGGGGGGGCAUUUCCCCUUUGCCACACCCACUGCAUCAUCCUAAAAUAUUGAGAGAUAUUGAGAGAAUCAAACAUAGAUUACGUAUAUGUAGUGAACACUUUACUUUAUUGUAUUAAUGAUCUUUACCAUUAUUGAGUCACCUUUACCAGUUUUCCGUUAUUAUACCAUGUUACGUAAUACGCAAUGAAUUUAAUCACGCAAUGCGCUACUUAUUCAUGUCCUACCACAUUGCCUCUUUUUGUGAUUCUUACUAUAUAUACUUAGACGCACACACACUGUGAUCCGAACGGUAACUUCUCAGCCCAAGCUUCUCCCCAGACAUGACACUGGAAGGCGGAGAACCGGACCUGCCAGAAGCUGCAGCAACCCUCUCUGCAGUCUCCAUCACCUGAGGCACAGUUUACCACCAGGCGCAUCACCAGACCAUGUUUGACCAUGUGAUCAGCUCACUCAGCCCCGAAUUUGCUGCUGAAGUCCGUGAUCUACUCCUCCGACCUCCCACAGACAACCCCCUACAACACACUCAAGGCAGCUGCUUCUACCCAGAGGAAACUACAACAGCUCAUCAGCGGCGAGGAACUCGGCAGCUCCUCCGCAGAAUGCAACAGCUACUGGGUGAUCAACUGGGUGCUGACGCAGACACCCUCACGAAUGUCGUAUGGUAAUAGCCAAGCUAGCUGACAUACACACCCGAACACUGUCUCUGGAACUCGCCAAACACGGAUGAGGUGGAAAAACUCAAGGAGGAAGUGACACGCCUUGCUGACCUUGUGGCCUCACUUACCUCGACUCACAGCUCCCGAAGCCAUCGUCGCCCUCGUAGUCCCGCUCCCCUUGAUGCCCCAGACAAACCCCCCAGGAACCAUGCAGCUCUCAGGCCGGGCGACAAGUGUCACCGGCCCACCUUAUAGUCGCCUAUUUUUUGUAAGUGAUGCACACACUAAUACACGAUUUUUAGUUGAUACAGGUUCGGAAGUCAGUGUACUGACCGACGACGUUCUUCUGGCCAUAAACGACACACCCUAUGGGAAACGCUCCCUCACACUCAACCUUGGAGCUCACUACCCUGGAUUUUCAUCAUCGCUGAUGUUCAGAAAUCAAUCCUCGGUGCUGAACAUUUUGGUUUGAUGGUUGACAUGUCCCACAGAAACUCCUCCACAUUCAGGGUAUCCACUCUGCGCACUCCUCCACAUUCAGGGUAUCCACUCUGCGCACUCCUCUCUGAGCGCAACACUGUACCCGAAGGAUACCCCUACCUCACCCUCCUCCCCUCACUCACACAGGUUGCUGUCUCCGAUGCACCGGUCAAACACAACAUUGCCCACCACAUUGAGACUACAGGACCACCAACCUCAGCCCGUCCCAGACCGUCUCCGUGUCGCAAAGAGGGAAUUCGUUCGAGCACAUGCUCCAGCUGGGCAUCAUCAGACCUUCCCCACGGUUCCUAAAGACCUGUCGUGCGCCUGAUCCGUAUCCUGUCCUGAUUUUUCUUCCUCUCUACAGGGUUCCACUAUAUUUUCUAAACUGGAUCUCGUACGUGCCUACCAUCAGAUUCCUGUGGCCCCCUCGGAUGUACCCAAGACGGCGAUUACCACACCCUUCGGACUGUUUGAAUUUGGUACAAGUUUGAAGAGAUUCGAAAGAGACUUUGAACCACACCGAACUCUCGCAAAGUACUCCUGUACAGUAGAUCGAAGAGGUUCAGAAGAGUCAAACCACAUACAGUACAGUUUGAUAAAUAGUCGAAGAGGUUAGGAGGAGUGAAACCACACUGUGCAAGCUUUUUAGUUGAAGGAGUUUUGCAGCAAAGGCUUCUUAAAUAGAAUGUGUGGGAUACUGAAAUCAGUUAUGUUGCUCUGUCAGCUUUUGUCAGACAUUGGAAAUUUGAGCUGAAUCAGUAGUGUCAGUACUCAGAUUUCACAGAAAUUGUACCUAUUAUUCUUCAUUAUUCUAUUAUUCUCAAGCCUACCUAUUAUUCUAAAAACUAUUCUGGCAUAGGAGUCGAACCACAACGAACACCUCUCUCUCCACUCUCCAAGUGUUUGAUUGUCCAUUAGUGUAGUUCGAAGAGGUUCGGAGGGAUGGAACCACAACAUGGCCUACUCUACUACUCAACAGUGCAGAAAUGUCUACUACCAACGACCCUGAAAGCCAGUUACUGGGCCUGUCAACAAACAUUAAAAUACCGAUCGAUGGCGUAGAGGUAGAAACCUGCUUGGCUGGUGUAACAGAUGCAGCCAUCUUAGACAAAGAAGGGAAUCAAAUCUUCAUUGCAGAGGCCAAAACCAUUGGAAAAACGUUCAGCAAUCAUACCAUGGGGGAGGGGCAGCUACUUGUCUCAAUGCUAGCCAGUUUUAUAAACAUUAAAAUGAAGCAUCCCGUAUGGGGAUUUCUCCUGUCAAGUCAUAGUUUAGACAUUGUCCGUGUACGUCUACUGAGUGGAGAGGUUUUAGUGACGAAAUGCCCUAUUGGAUCAUUUACAGGCUUGAGGUGUGCUUCUAUGCAAUGCAAGGAAGUCUGGAUUUAAACGACUGUGAUACUCAUCUGAGAUAUAGACCCAGCAGCUGUGAUGAGACUGAUGAGACUGGUCUGGUACCUGAACCCAGCAGCCGUGAGACUGACAAUAACCAAUAGACAGAUGUAGUGUACACUGUGUUCUAUUCAAUCUUUUUAUUCCAGAAGUAUUAAAUUAUUAAAUGAUAUACAAACUAGAGCACUAAAGUGCAAACCCUCUGGCUGGUGA